AUGAAGUUCUCCGCUGUCCUCACUGCCGCUAUGGCUUCCCUCGCCGUCGCUGACGACCCUCUCUGCGACAAGUACACCAAGGCUCUCCUCAAGGACAACACUGCCGCCAACCAGAAGACUCUCUUGACACUCCUCGUCAACACUGUCGUCAUUGGUAACUACACCAUGCCCAACGUUGGUGUUUCCGUUCCCGGUAUCCUUGCCCCUGGUGAGGUCAACGGCAAGAAGGUCAACCUUCUCCCCUACUUCGAUGGUACCCUCGCCUCCACCAACCGUGGCGACAAGGCCGUCUGCAAGAACUUCCUUGACGAUGGCGGUGCUGAGCCGUAA